GUUGUUAUAAAGACUGUAAUUCUUGUGCUUGUCAGACAAAGCGCGCACGGCGCCAUUACAAAGUUCGCAUUUCAGUUUGCUAAUGCUUGGUGCCUGAUGCACAGCUCGAUUGUCUGCAUAUCGUGCAGGCUGUAUCCCGACUCGCUACAGCAGUAGGCUGUCAGGGUGGCGUUGUUUAAACCUGACGGCAGAGCACAGAGCGCUGUACGCGUGGCUUGUUUGUUGCCUUGACCGCGCCAACAACACUCUGUCGCUGCGCUCGCCGUUUACCGCCACGAGCAUGUUGGUUGUGCCGAGCUGAAUUCAGCCUGGAGCACAAUGACAAGCGAUGUUUCAAAGGACGUUGAGGCGGGCGCCCAGACUGGCACGGGCGCGGUCCCCAGCACUAGCUCGCCACCAAACGCGGCAUCGAAACCGCGCAGCCGCAGCCGGCGUGGCCAUUCCACGGCCAGCAAGUUCCUGACUCGCAGUGACACGCUCGCGGUGCUCAACCGCGUGCUCGCGAACGAUGGCGUCUCCUCAACAACAGGCCGGGAGGAGGUCGCCAGCCCUACGGGGGGCGCGGACGGCACGAACCCGGCCCCUGCGAACACCGAGGAAAGCCCCAGCCUGGGCCAGGGCCAGCCCCUGGCAUUCCUGCAGCGCCUGUCGGAGCGACUGCAGAGGGCCGGCCUGACGUUUCCGGGCGUGGAGGUGCGCUGGCAGGACCUGCAGGUGGCGGUGGACGUGCCGCCGCGGGCCGCCAAGGCGCACAACAUCUUCUCCGCCCUGCUGUCCGGCCUCGGCGGCCUGCUGCCGCGCAAGCGCGCCGACGGCGACGGCGACGGCCCCUCCCGCCGCACGGUGCUGGACGCAGGCAGCGGCGUGCUCGCCCCCGGGCGCCUGUGCCUGCUGCUGGGCCCUCCCGGCGCCGGCAAGACCACGCUGCUCAAGGUGCUGGCAGGACUGGCGCUGCCGCCCACGCCCGCCGCCGGCAGCAACGGCACCGGCGGCGGAGCCGCGGGCAAGGAGGGGCCGUGCGGGCCGUCGGAGCGUGUGACGGGCGGGCUGCGUGUGCGCGGCGGCCUGGUGUACAACGGCCUGGUGCCGGGUCGGGACUUUGAGGUGGGGCGCAGCAGCAGCUAUGUGAGCCAGGCGGACACGCACAUCGGCGAAAUGACGGUGGAGGAGACGCUGAUGUUCGCGGCGGAGUGCCUGGGGCCGGGGCUGAACCAGGAGCUGCACUCGCUGCUUCUGGAGCGCGAGGCGGCUGCCGGCAUCGCCGCCGACCCCGAGCUGGACGACCUGUGGCAGGCGGCGUACGGCCCGCACGGCCACAGCCUGUUCGUGGAGCUGUUUGCCCGGCUGCUGGGUAUCGACCACGUGAUGAACACGGUGGUGGGCAAUGAGCUGCUCAAGGGCAUCAGCGGCGGACAGAAGCGCCGCGUCACGGCAGGCGAGAUGGCUGUGGGCUUUGCCAACGUCAUGAUGCUGGACGAGAUCACCAACGGUCUGGACUCCAGCUCGGCGCUGGCCAUUACACGCAGCCUGCGCAACAUCUGCAAAUACGUCAACGCCACCAUGGUGGUGUCGCUGCUGCAGCCCAGCCCCGAGGUGUUCGAGUGCUUUGACGACGUCAUGCUGAUCAGUGGCGGCCAGCUGGUGUUCCUGGGCCCUCGCGAGGACGUCAUGCCCUUCUUCAGCCGCCUGGGCCUGGCGCCGCCGCCCACCAAGACAGACGCAGACUUCCUGCAGGAGGUGACCGCCACGCCCGCCUACCAGCGCCGCUACUGGGUGCCCGACGGCCUGGCCGCCACCUGCGGCCACAAGUGGCUGUCGCCGCGGCGGCUGAGGCAGGAGUUUGACCGCUGCUGGGCGGGCGAGAGGCUGGCGGGGGCGCUGGCGGCGGCGCCGGCCUCGCACCAGCUGCAGCACAUGGUGCUGCACAAGGACAGGUACGAGCUGAGCCUGCUGGCCAUGUGGGGCGCGGUGCUGCGGCGCGAGUUCCUGCUGUUCACACGCAACAAGGUGUUCUUCAUCGCGGGAGCCGUGCAGAUCGCCUUCACCGCCUUCCUGGUGUCCACCACCUUCAUCCAGCUCAGCACCAGCUCCUUCCCGGACGCCAACCUCUUCCUCAGCGUCAUGUUCUUCUCGCUCAUGACCAUUUUCAUGGGCGGUUUCAACUUCGCGCCCAUCUACUGCCAGCGCCUGCACGUGUUCUACAAGCAGCGCGACCACCGCUUCUACAGCCCUGUGGCCUACGCGGUGGGCUGCUGCGCCAUGCGGCUGCCUGAGCUGGUGCUGCAGAGCGCCGUGUGGGCGGUCAUGGUGUACUUCAGCGCCGGGUUCGCCAUGGACGCAGGCCGCUUCUUCGUCUACUUUGCCUGCCUGGUGGCGGGCGGCUUCUACUCGGUCACCAUCUUCCAGCUGCUGGGGGCCAUCACCCGCAACGAGGUCAUCUCGCAGGGCCUGGGUGCGGUCAUGCUGAUGCUGUCGGUGCUGGCCAGCGGAUUCCCCAUCGCGCGCACCUCCAUCCCCGGCUGGUGGAUCUGGUUCUACUGGAUCAACCCCAUGGCCUGGGUGCUGCGCGCCAUGGCUGUGUCGGAGCUGACGGCGCCGCACUGGGGCUCCACCUCGGCAGCCGAGUACGACCAGCCGGACAUGAGCAUGGGCGAGUACGCGCUGCUGUCUCGCGGCUUCUACACCAGCUGGAAGUGGGUGUGGGCGGGCCUGGGCGCGGUGGUGGGCGAGAGCCUGCUGCUGCUGGCGCUGCAGAUCCUGGCGCUCACCUACAUGCCGCCCCCCUCCGGCUAUCGGCCUCCCCCCGGCGAGGAGGACGAGCUGGUGACUCCGCCCCACCUGCUGCGCCUGGACACCUCCGCCCUGCCCCGCACCGCCACCGGCCUCUCCAGCAACCACACUCACACCACCGCGGCUCUGGCCCCCGAGCCCGCCGCCACCGGCCCCGCCCCCGCCGCCGUGCCCGCCAUCGAGCUCUCCCCCGCCGUCGCCGCCGCCGCCGCCGCCUCCCCUGCCUCAGGCAGCUCGGCUCACAGCGGCGGCGCCGGCAGCCCGCCCACCAGCGGCUCCGCCGCCAUUGCCGCCGCCGCCGGCGAGGUGGUAAUGCACGUCGGUACCAAGCGCAGCAGCGGCAGCGGCAGUGGCGCUGGCGCUGUCGACGGCAAGGGCGGCGCUGUUGCUGUGACGGCGCACAGCGGCGGCGGCACCAACCUGUCGUUUCGGCCGGUGGUGUUUGCCUUUGAGGGCGUCAACUACUUCGUUCCAAACCCCAAGGGCACCGGCGAGCUGCAGCUGCUCAAUGGCGUGAGCGGCGUGUUCCUGCCGGGCGUGCUGACGUCGCUGAUGGGCGCCAGCGGCGCGGGCAAGACCACUCUGAUGGACGUGCUGGCGGGUCGCAAGACCGGCGGCCGCGCAGAGGGGCGGCAGGUGGUGAACGGCGCGCCCAAGCACAUGGGCACCUUUGCGCGCCAGAUGGGAUACGUGGAGCAGUUCGACGCGCACAACCCCCAGGCCACGGUGCUUGAGGCGCUGCUGUUCAGUGCGCGGCUGCGUGUGCCGCCCGGGGUGCUGGCGGGCGCCGCCAUCCGGGCCUAUGUGGAGGAGGUCAUGCAGGUGGUGGAGCUGGGGCCUCUGGCGCAGCACACGGUGGGCUACGGCGGCGGCGGCGGCGGCGGCCUGAGUACCGAGGCGCGCAAGCGGCUGACCAUUGCGUGCGAGCUGGUGGCCAACCCCUCCAUCGUGUUCCUGGACGAGCCCACCACGGGUCUGGACGCGCGCGCCGCCGGCAUGGUGAUGCGCGCCGUGCGCAACACCGCCGCCACCGGGCGCACCGUGGUGUGCACCAUCCACCAGCCCAACCGCGAGAUCAUGGACUUCUUCGACGAGCUGCUGCUGCUCAAGCCCGGCGGCCGCAUCAUCUACAACGGCGCGCUGGGCUACGGCCCCGGCAAGGCCGUCGGCGGCCAGGCGGUGGUGCCGGCGGCGGGCGGCGGCCCUGGAGGUGGCGGCGGCGGGCAGCAGGCGCGGCUGAUCUCCUACCUGGAGGGCGUGCCGGGCGUGCCGCGCUACCAGCAGCUGCUGAACCCGGCUGACUGGAUGCUGGAGGUGACCAGCCCCGCGGCGGAGCGGCAGCUGGGGAUGGACUUUGCGGAGCGCUGGGCGGCCAGCGCCGAGGCCGCUGAGGCCGAGCGGCGCCUGCAGUCCUACAUGGUCGGCGGCAGCAGCCCGCCGGCAGGGCGCGCUGCAGCCGGAGCCGGAGCCGGAGCCGGAGCCGGCGGCGACGCCGAGACCGGCGGCGACGGCGGCGACCUGGCGGCGGCUGCGGCGGCAGAGGCCGCGGAGGCGCAGCGGCGCUUCGCACAGCCGGUGUGGCGCCAGUUCGUGCUGCUGUCGCACCGCGGCCUGAUGUCUUACUGGCGCAUGCCCGCCUACAACCUGCUGCGGCUGCUGGUGACCAUUGCGCUGGGGCUGGCGCUGGGCACCCUGUACUGGGGCCGCGGCGACAACAGGACCACGCUGCUGGGUGUGCUGGACAUUAUGGGCGCCCUCUACACCACCAGCCUCUUCCUGCCCAUGACCAACUGCCUCACCGUGAUGCCGGUGGUGGCCUCGGACCGCGCGGUGUUCUACCGCGAGCGCUCCAGCGGCAUGUACGGCAGCCUGGUGUUUGCGGCGGCGCAGGGCUUUGCGGAGGCGCCCUUCCUGUUCGUGCAGAGCGUGGUGUACGUGUGCAUUGUGUACAGCACCACGCAGUUCGAGUUCGACAGCGCCAAGGCGAUGUGGUUCUGGCUGUUCAUCUGGCUCAACCUGCAGUGCUUCACCUACCUGGGUAUGGGCGCCAUGAACCUCACGCCCAACAUGCCCGCCUGCGUCGCGCUCACCAGCCUGUUCGUGCUGCUGUGGAACCUCUUCUGCGGCUUCCUCAUCUACCGCGACGACAUCAAGCCCUGGUGGCUGUGGGCCUACUACUUCAACCCGGCCACCUACUCCAUCUACGGCUGCAUCACCACGCAGCUGGGCGACGUGACCAACGAGUUCAUCGAGGUGUCGGCGGGCAACUGGAUGAGCGUGGCGCAGUACGUGGAGCAGACCUUCAACUACCACUACUCCAUGCGCGGCUGGUUGGUCCUCAUCAUGAUUGGCUUCAUCGCCUUCUUCCGCGCGCUCUCCUACCUGGGCCUCUCCAAACUCAACUUCCAGGUCCGCUAAAUUUGCUUCACAAACAAACCCGCGAGCAUUUACUGUGUGCCACGUUUGCGGUCUGCUGCGGAGCGCCAUUUGAAAUGGGACGUAGGCGCCCAACAAGAUGUUUGCAUUUGUUACAAGUGGAGUUUGUUGCCGUCGGCGGGGCGUGCUCCUUCUGCUGCUGCUCCUGCCAGACGGUUGGGAAUGCCGUUGCUUAGCGUCGCCGGUUUGGCUUCGAGGGAGCAGAAAGGGGAAGGAUUGCGAUUGAUUAGAAAGGGUGUGAAAGUCAUAUAUUCCGCCAGGUUGGUGCCGAGCCGGUUCAACCACCAAGCCCGACCGGAGGCGGGGGUGGGGUUGCGGGGGAAGAUGAGGCGAUGGACGUGUACAUACGCAAGGCGUGUGUGGGUGUGAGCGUGUCGGCGUGUGGGGGCCGCAGGCGAUACAGAGGGUAGAUGCUGCCGCGGCGUGUGGCGUCCAGGGAGCAGGUUGGGAGAGAUCUUAUUGUGUACUGGGGAUUUCAGGUCGUCGGUGUGAUGAGCGGACGCGGUGUUACGAAGAACGUAUGCCGCAGCGUCGCCUGCACUGCUUUCGCCCUUACGGCUUUGGAGUGUGUGGCUGCGUGAACGCACAUACACACAUACACUGCAUGAAGCCUUCGGAUGCACAAACACACCAAGGGGGUCGGCCGUGCCUUUCUUAUCUUUCCGUCCAUCAUCACCGUAGCAGUACUUAUCAUGUGCUUUUUCGUUUCUUCAAGAGGGAAAGUUGCUUGCUCGUGGUGCAAUUUGCGCUUUCGUUCUUGGCGACGGUCAUCGAAGGUGCAGGCUGGUGACUAUUGAAAAGCGGCGAUCACACUACUGGAGACGAAGAAGACGUUGGAAAUUAGCGAGCAAUCAAGGGGGCAGCAGGCUGGAGCAGUGUUUUACAAUUGCCGGGCCGAGUGACGGUCAGUGCACGAGAGGGAACAUUCGGCACGGCUGAAAGGCGGAGUGAUCGGCAGAGUGGGUAUGAGGAGGCUUAGCUCCCCGCCGGUGUGAAGCGGGGGCGCCUCCGUGUGUGCGUGAGGGUUAUUGGGUUCUAGUGCUUGUUGCUGACUUGCUUGUUGCUGAAGCUUGCUGAACUAGAAGCUCACGAAGUGGUUGGCUGGAGCGCGUGUGCGUGAUCGAUGUACCGUAGUGUUGGCGGCUCCCAUCACCUUGCCUCGAUUUCGCAAGUUUCGGGUACGGUUGGAUUUCGGCUCGGUAUUCGGCUUUUCGGAGGUGCUGGGGCUCGUAUCGGUCCUUCAUGGCUCGGUGCUCUCACUCUUGGUGUGGUGUGUAGGGCGGUGAAUCAUUUUGGGAAGGAAACUGGGGCUCGGCUCGUGGCGACCGUUUAUUGGAGGCUAGCAUACUAGCACGCAAGGAGUGUCGCAAACUGCUAUCGGCGAGUGGGUGCGUUGUUUCGGUCCUGCGGGGCUUGAUUUGUUCCUAGGCUUCCUGCUUUAGCGGGGGCGUGGCGACAACCUAGCGUCUGCAGGCGUCUGCUGCGGCUGAGGCAGGGGUGGCUUGCGGCGCCGCCAGUCCGGUGUGGAGGAAGCGCCGCCGUUGCGGGCCGGCGGGUUAUUCUACUGCUGGGGUAUGUCUGUUUGCGAGGUUGUUGCGACCACCGUAUUACCUUGUUAGUGAGUCGAGCGGGCUAUCAGCGCUUGCCGACGCACUGCAGCGCCCCGAGGCGCCGCACUCCGGCAGCGCAUUUGUAAACGCUUCUAGAG